AUGCAAGAAGUUAUUUUACGUGGACCACCAUAUUGUAUGCUUGAUCUUACACCGCAAGAAAUAAUUGCUAAAAUAAAAAAACCACCACCAUUACUAAGACCUUCAGUAUCAAAACAAACAGCACCACCUGAAUAUAUUAAUUCAAUGAAACAAUGUUGGGCCGAACAACCAGAAUCAAGACCAUCAUUUAAUGAUCUUGCUCAAUCGAUUAAAUUACUUAAUGGUGGAAAGAAAGUAAAUAUUGUUGAUACAAUGUUUAAAAUGCUUGAACAAUAUUCAAAUAAUUUGGAAGAAUUAAUUCGUGAACGAACAACACAACUUGAAGAAGAAAAGAAAAAAACUGACAAACUUUUAUCACAAAUGUUACCACCGAGUGUUGCUGAUAGUUUGAAAUCUGGUAAAGCAGUUGAAGCUGUAUGGUACGAAUGUGUAACAAUUUAUUUUUCUGAUAUUGUUGGAUUUACGACAAUAUCAGCAUUAAGUAGUCCAAUGGAAGUUGUUGAUUUAUUAAACGAUUUAUAUACAAUGUUUGAUUCAAUUCUUGAAGAUUUUGAUUGUUAUAAGGUUGAAACGAUCGGUGAUGCAUAUAUGGUAGUCAGCGGUCUUCCAAUUCAAAACGGAACACAACAUGCAUCAGAGAUAGCUAUGAUGGCAUUAACACUUUUACAUGCAUGUGGUAAAUUUAAAAUUCGUCAUAUGCCUGGUGUACCAUUACGAUUACGUAUUGGUCUACAUUCCGGUGCGUGUGUUGCUGGUGUUGUUGGUCUCAAAAUGCCUCGAUAUUGUCUAUUUGGUGAUACAGUUAAUACAGCAUCACGAAUGGAAUCGACAAGCAUGGCUUUUCGUAUUCAUACAAGUGAAACAACAGCUGGAUUAUUAGAAAUAAUCGGUGGAUUUCAGUUAGAAUAUCGUGGUAUUACAGAAAUUAAGGGUCGAGGUAAUUAUAAAACUUAUUGGCUUUGUGGAAAAAAUGGUUUUGAUAAAGAAUUACCAGCACCAGUUAUUUCCGAAAAUAAUCAUGGUCUUGAUCAAGAACUUGUUCGAUUAGUUGAAGAAAGAAGAGCACAAGAACAAGAAGCUGCUAAAAAUAAAACAACAAAUAAUCAAAUUGAAGUGAAACCAACUAUUGAAACAGUAUCCCCAAAAGGAUCUAUACCACCAGCAAAUACAACUUCCGCUUCGAUUAAAAUGAAUAAUAAUGACAAAACAGAUGAUUUAUUAAGAUUUACUCCACCACCAUCUAAUAAAAAAUCACUAUUUACAUCAAAUUCAACAACUCAAAACAUAACUUCAAAUGAACUUCCAGCAAAAUUACAACAACAAAUGAAUGGACCCACUGGACCUAUACGAAAGUCAACGAAAGUAAAAUGGUGA